AUAUAUAUAUUCAUAUACAACCAAAAUUACUUUGGAAUUGUCGACUUAAUUUAAGGAGAAAGCAACCCCCCUGUCAAAUUCUUCAAUCUUCGUCUGAAACUUUUCUGAUUUCUGUACAAUACUUUUUCCGACAGCCAUGAUCUCUUCUCUCAAGCAGUCAGCUUUCUCUCUCCACGGCUCGAGUUUUCUUCAGCCGAGGAGGAAUUUCCCGACCCAUCACUCGGCGGCGGCGCUGCCGUCUCUCGCGGCGGCGAAACCCCUCCGGAGCAAAACUAUCUCCCUCUCCAAACCGCUCCACGUCUCGAAGGUCGGGUCGUUUUCAGUCGUCGACGAGGAGGAGCGGCGGUCUUCUCCGGUCACCUGCAAGGCGUACGAGGCCGAUCGAUCGGAGCCGAUUCUGGAAUCGCCGGAGGUGAAGUCGGAGGCGGCGAGGAAACUGAAGAUCGGGAUUUACUUCGCCACGUGGUGGGGGCUGAACGUGAUCUUCAACAUCUACAACAAGAAAGUGCUGAACGCGUACCCAUUUCCAUGGCUGACAUCGACGCUCUCUUUAGCUGCUGGCUCUCUGAUCAUGCUAAUUUCAUGGGCCCUCAGAAUCACCGAAGUUCCGAAAACCGAUCUCGAUUUCUGGAAAACCCUUUUUCCGGUUGCGUUGGCGCAUACAAUUGGGCAUGUGGCGGCUACCGUGAGUAUGUCAAAGGUGGCAGUUUCAUUCACUCACAUAAUCAAGAGCAGUGAGCCUGCUUUUAGUGUUCUAGUUUCGAGAUUCAUCUUGGGAGAGUCGUUUCCCCCCUCGGUUUAUUUAUCGCUUCUUCCGAUCAUCGGUGGUUGCGGUCUUGCCGCUCUAACCGAGCUCAACUUCAACAUGACUGGUUUUAUGGGGGCCAUGAUAUCGAAUUUAGCGUUUGUUUUCCGGAACAUAUUUUCCAAGAAGGGCAUGAAGGGAAAGUCCGUUAGUGGGAUGAACUAUUAUGCUUGCUUAUCUAUGCUGUCUCUCUUAAUUCUUACCCCGUUUGCAUUUGCCGUGGAGGGACCUCAGAUGUGGGCCGUCGGUUUUCAACAAGCCAUGUCUCAAAUUGGACCGCAAAUCAUUUGGUGGAUGGCAGCGCAGAGUAUAUUUUAUCAUUUCUACAAUCAGGUGUCGUACAUGUCAUUGGAUGAGAUAUCUCCUUUGACUUUUAGUGUUGGAAACACAAUGAAACGUAUUUCCGUCAUUGUCUCGUCUAUCAUCAUUUUCCACACACCCGUACAACCUGUCAAUGCUCUCGGAGCUGCAAUCGCGAUUCUUGGAACUUUCUUGUAUUCCCAGGCGAAGCAAUGAAGACGCUUGAAAGUAGGAAUCGAGUAUGACGAAGUAGUAGCUUAGAAGCUCUCAAGAACUGCGCCUGCGCAGUUUAUCCUUGGUCUAUAUAUAGUAGCCAACUACAUUUACUAAGUGGAGCAGCAGCUUCACUUGUAGAUAAUCAAUAAUUAUGAGAGCUAUCCCAAAAAAAAAGAAAAAUCUUUAUACAAUUUAAAUAUUUUGCGGCAUUUCGUGGUUUUGUAUUUAUAUCUCACAAGUUGAGAAGACGAUUUUUAGAUCAUAAGUUCAGUUCGAAUAAUGAAUGGAGGAACUGUCGAUGGAACGGAAUAUCCAUGUUUGAGCGUAAUAUAACUUCGCAUUAAUACUUCUA